GCCAGUCUUGCUGCAGGGAGGAGCGACCGAAGUGCAGCUGAGCAUCACAGCCCGCAUUCAGGGAAACAGGCAAACACAGCACUUUUUUGACUUUACACAAUGUUCCAGUUUUUAUACAAGGUGAAUUUUGAACAAGAAGCAGUAUAAAUAGAGCAGAUGUGGAUUUUUUUUCUCCCCGGCCUCCGAGAAGCCGUGAAUCUGUGCUCAGUGACAGGGAGACCCCUGAAUUGUUUCUGCGCCAAGAACUGUAAAGACAUGGUCAUUACAGCGGCGAGGAACAGCGGCUGAUAAGUGUGAGGAAGUGUGUUCCUGAGGAUGCUCCAGACCAGCAAGGCCAAGUGCUGAGGGAGGUGCAGUUAGCCAACUGGUGGCCAACAUGUCUCACUACCAACCCUAUCAGCGAAGCUCCUAUGGCCGCACCAUGAAUUCAGAAGAAAGAAGUUCGAUGGCAGUCAGCAAGACCUCCACACCAGUCCACAAGAGUGCCUCCUCGUCUUCAUCUUCCCAGCGCGACAGCCGGCAGGAGGCAGACAGCUGGGAAAUAAUUGAGGGGCUGAAAAUCGGUCAGAGCAACGUCCAUAGGCCAGACAAACAUGAGGGUUUCAUGUUGAAGAAGCGAAAAUGGCCCCUGAAAGGCUGGCAUAAGCGGUUUUUUGUUCUGGACAAUGGUAUCUUGAAGUACUCAAAGUCCCCCAUUGAUAUUCAGAAAGGGAAACUGCAUGGUAGCAUUGAUGUCGGCCUUUCAGUCAUGUCCAUCAAGAAGAGGGCUCGUCGUAUUGAUCUGGACACUGAAGAGCAUAUCUAUCACCUGAAGGUCAAAUCCCAAGACAUCUUUGAUGCCUGGGUUUCUAAACUGCGCCAUCACCGGCUUUAUAGGCAGAAUGAGAUCGUUCGAUCACCCCGUGAGGCCACAAUGAGAGCGUUUCCUCCCACAGCCACUAUAGAUUCCCCCCAACCUGCCUCUAGUGUCGGAGGUGAAGUUAAGACAAAACCCUGCAGCUUUCCAUGGCAGCCGGUGGCCGCCAGUGGCAACAGCAGCCUGCCUGCCUCAUACAGCAACAGCCAAAGCAAGGUGGCUGCUUGGCUUCAGGAAUCAGAGGAGAUGGAUAAGUGUGCUGAGGAGCUUGCACGUUGCCAGUCUAACCUGACUGAGCUAAGCAGGUUAUUGCUGAGUCUGGAGAUUUUGCAAAGGACACAGUCAGCACCCAGUUUUAAGGACAUGCAGAGCAAUUGUGUAGAAUUGUCAAAGAAAGAAAAGAGCUUGAACAGAAGAUGGAGAACAAAAAGUGUCGGCAAAGAUGCAAAAUUCCAGCUUCAGGUCCCUCUAUCUGCCAGCAUGUCCGCUGUCCGCCUCCAUUCAUCCAACCCUAACCUGUGCGCUGAGCUGGGCGACUUUCAGCCUCCUGUCACACGGCUGACAGACAGUACAGACUGUGCUACUGACUGCAUUAAACUCCAGGAGGAUUUCUGUGCCAUUGCUCAGAAAGUCCACUGUCUGCUGAAGUCAGCCUUCAACACAGUGGCCAUAGAGAAAGAAAAGCUUAAAGAGAUUCUGUCUGACCAGGAGCAGUCAGACCAGUCAGCACAGAUCAGCUCUCUCAGGAAGUCUCUGUCACAGGCUCUGUCCCAAAAUGCAGACCUUCGAACCAGACUCAACCGCAUACACUCUGAGUCUGUCCUGACCGAACAGGUUGUCAGUGUGAACAUUAUCUCGACGCCUGAUGAGGCUGGUGAACAGAUGGGGAUCCCUCUGACUCAGCAGGCUUCUAAUGAAAGCCGACUCUCAAUGUCGGAGUCUGUGUCCGAGUUCUUUGAUGCCCAGGAAGUGCUUUUGUCAGCCAGCUCCUCAGAGAAUGAGGGCUCGGAUGAUGAGUCAUAUGUCAGCGAUGUGAGCGAUAACAUUUCGGAGGACAACGCCAGUGUGACUGAUAACGUGUCCCGACAAAUGGCCAAUGGAGACUUUACUGGCAGUGCAUUCCGUAAUGGGCGGCGCACCUUCCUGCCAGCACCGUGUCCUGACACCAGCCACAUCAACCUGUGGAAUAUCUUGAAAAGCAACAUUGGCAAGGACCUGUCCAAAGUGUCCAUGCCUGUGGAGCUCAACGAGCCCCUUAACACACUGCAGCGUAUGUGUGAAGAGCUGGAGUACAGUGAGGUGCUGGACAAGGCUGCUGACACUGAGGAUCCUUUUGAGCGCAUGGUUCUUGUUGCUGCGUUUGCUGUCUCGGGCUACUCGUCCACUUACUACAGAGCAGGAAGUAAGCCAUUCAACCCGUUACUUGGAGAAACGUAUGAAUGUAUCCGGGAAGACAAAGGUUUUCGUUUUUUCUCUGAACAGGUGAGCCACCACCCUCCUGUCUCCGCAUGCCACUGUGAGUCCAAGAACUUCACCUUCUGGCAAGAUGUGAGGUGGAAAAAUAAAUUCUGGGGGAAAUCGAUGGAGAUUUUACCAAUGGGGACUGUGAAUCUCACUAUUCCCAGGUUUGGCGAUCAGUAUGAAUGGAACAAAGUCACCACCUGUGUACACAACAUCCUCAGUGGACGGCGGUGGAUCGAACACUACGGAGAGAUCACCAUCAGAAACACCAAGAGCAGCGCGUGUCUUUGCAAACUGACCUUUGUCAAGGGAAGCUACUGGAGUUCUAACAUUAAUGAGGUGCAAGGAUUCGUGAUGGAUCAAGAAGGGAAAGUAAUCCACAGGCUGUUUGGGAAGUGGCACGAGGGUCUUUACUGUGGUGUACCUCCUUCUGCCAAAUGUAUCUGGAGGCUAGGCUCGAUGCCCACAGACUACGAGCUCUACUACGGCUUCACCAGGUUUGCUAUUGAACUCAAUGAGAUGUGCCCUGAGCUGAAGGACAUACUGCCGCGUACAGAUGCCCGAUUUAGGCCCGAUCAAAGGUAUCUGGAGGAAGGGAACUUGGAGAUGGCGGUGUCAGAGAAGCAGCGUAUUGAGGACCUGCAGAGGGCUAGGAGGAAGUGGAAUGAGGAGAACGACAUUACACAAGAACCACGCUUCUUCAAGAAGGUGACUGAUGCUCAUCGCCGAGAGCGCUGGGUCUCAAACAACACGUACUGGGAGCUUCGCAAAAACCCUGGCUUUAUCAACAUGGAAUCUAGUGUGCAGCUGUGGUAGUGCACAGACUGCAGUUUAUGCCAUCGUCACACCGGGAGGCCGCCGUCUGUCUUAUCUGAUAAAAGUGGCGGGACGGCCACUGAUCUCGGUGUCCUGUUACAGAUCUGUGGCGCUGCUCCAUCCAUCCAUCCAUCCACGCACAUAUCGUCCAGACUCCUCCCCCUCCUCAUCGUGCUUGUUGACGCUGGGCUGUCGGGGCAACAAUCUCACAUAUCUUCAGCCAUUUGGACUUCUGAGUACGUUCCUGCCUUAAGAAGACAGCCAUCCAUGUCACAAGAAAGGUUUUAGCGCUUUCCAGCAGCAGCCAUUUGAUUUCAGAACAGACGUUUUGGGUAGAGUAGUCUACGAAAUAGACUUUUUGUUUACAGAUAAUGCAGUGCAUGUUUUAGAAAGCAGCUUUCACUGACACAUUUACUACAUCAUCAACCUCGAUCAAAAGGGGAAAAGGUAUUUUUAUAAAAA